AUGGCUAAGGUCGACCAAAAAGUUGUCCUCGUCGUCAUCGAUGGCUGGGGUGUUGCCGGCCCCGACUCCCGCAAGGAUGGCGAUGCUAUCCUCGCUGCAGAGACUCCCUUCAUGUCCGGUUUUGCCGAGGCCAAUUCCAAGACUGCCCAGGGCUACUCCGAGCUCGAUGCCUCGUCGCUUGCCGUCGGAUUGCCGGAAGGUCUCAUGGGUAACAGUGAAGUCGGCCAUCUGAACAUCGGCGCGGGACGUGUGGUCUGGCAAGACAGUGUCCGUAUUGACCAAACCCUCAAGAAGGGCGAGUUAAACAAGGUGGAUAACGUCGUUGCAUCCUUCAAACGUGCCAAAGAAGGCAAUGGUCGUCUUCACCUUUUGGGUCUGGUCUCCGACGGUGGUGUCCACUCCAACAUCACUCACCUGGUCGGCCUGCUGAAGGUUGCCAAGGAGAUGGAGAUUCCCAAGGUCUUUAUCCACUUCUUCGGCGAUGGACGUGACACCGAGCCCAAGAGCGCUACCAAGUACAUGCGGCAGCUUCUUGAUCAGACUAAGGAAAUCGGCAUUGGCGAAAUCGCCACUGUUGUUGGACGCUACUGGGCCAUGGACCGCGACAAGCGCUGGGAUCGUGUCGAAAUUGCCAUGAAGGGCAUUGUCUCGGGCGAGGGCGAGGAGUCCUCUGACCCUGUUAAGACCAUCAACGAGCGCUACGAAAAAGAUGAGACCGACGAGUUCCUGAAGCCCAUCAUCGUCGGCGGCGAGGAGAGCCGGGUCAAGGAUGAUGACACUCUUUUCUUCUUCAACUACCGCUCUGACCGUGUCCGCGAAAUCACCCAGCUGCUCGGUGACUACGACCGCACCCCCAAGCCCGACUUCCCUUACCCUAAGAACAUCCACAUCACCACUAUGACCCAGUAUAAGACCGACUACACAUUCCCUCUUGCUUUCCCCCCUCAGAAGAUGGGUAACGUGCUCGCUGAAUGGCUCAGCAAGAAGGAUGUUCAGCAAUGCCACGUUGCCGAGACUGAGAAGUACGCUCACGUCACUUUCUUCUUCAACGGUGGUAUUGAGAAGCAGUUCGCUGGCGAGGUCCGCGACAUGAUUCCAUCCCCCAAGGUUGCGACCUACGACCUGGACCCCAAGAUGAGCGCUGAGGCCGUCGGCAAGAAGAUGGCCGACCGCAUUGGUGAGGGCAAGUUCGAGUUUGUCAUGAACAACUUCGCUCCUCCUGACAUGGUUGGCCAUACUGGUAAGUAUGAUGCUGCCAUUCAGGGUGUUGCUGCUACCGACAAGGCCAUCGGUGCCAUCUAUGAAGCCUGCAAGAAGCACGGCUAUGUACUCUUCAUCACUGCGGACCAUGGAAACGCCGAGGAAAUGCUCACCGAGAAGGGCACUCCCAAGACUUCUCACACCACCAAUAAGGUUCCCUUCAUCAUGGCCAAUGCCCCUGAGAGCUGGAGCCUCAAGGAUGAUGGCGUGCUUGGAGACGUCGCACCAACCGUUCUCGCUGCCAUGGGCAUCGAGCAGCCUGAGGAGAUGUCCGGACAGAAUCUCCUGGUUAAGGCAUAA